CUCCCCUCUCUCUCUCACCUCAAUCGCAGAGCUGCGCUCACCGACUCGACACCGCCAACAGGGAUGCAGCGAGGGCGCAGCGCAGCCUGAAAAAUGGCACCACCACGCGUCCUGUGGAUCUAUCCAUCCCUUUUCUUCCCGUCCUCCCUGCUUUUCCUUUUUCACGCGUUGUCGCCGUGCCGAGCCUUACGGAAUUACCCGGAGAAUGAAGUGACGUUGCUGGACUCCAUGUCAGCCUUGGCCGACCUGGGCUGGGAGGCUUACCCUAAUGAGGGGUGGGAGGAGAUCAGCGUGAUGGAUGAGAGGAACACCCCGAUGAGGACCUACCAGGUGUGUAACGUCAUGGAGGCCAACCAGAACAACUGGCUGAGGACGCGGCACAUCAGCCGGGACGGAGCGCAGCGCGUCCACAUCGAGAUCAAAUUCACCCUGAGGGACUGCAACAGCCUGCCCGGGGUCCCGGGUACCUGCAAGGAGACGUUCAACAUGUACUACUAUGAGUCCAACAAUGCCAACCUGUGGUUCAUCAAGGAAAGCCAGUAUGUCAAGAUCGAUACUAUUGCUGCGGAUGAGAGUUUCACACAGGUGGACGUCGGGGACCGCGUGAUGAAGCUGAACACGGAGGUGCGGGACAUCAGCAACCUGAGUAAAAAGGGCUUCUACCUGGCCUUCCAGGACCUGGGGGCCUGCAUCGCUCUGGUCUCAGUCCGGGUCUUCUACAAGAAGUGUCCCCUCACUGUGCUCAACUUGGCCCAGUUCCCCGACACAAUAACGGGCGGAGACACGGCGCUGGUGGAGGUCCACGGUGUGUGUGUGAAUGCCUCGGAGGAGUUCGAGGCUCCGAAGAUGUACUGCAGCGCGGACGGAGGCUGGCUGGUUCCCAUCGGGAGGUGUGUGUGCAAGCCGGGCUUCGAGGAGAACAAGGACGUCUGCCAACCGUGCAGACCCGGUACCUACAAAGCGUCGGCCACGGAUGCCUACUGCACCAAGUGUCCUCCUCACAGCUUGUCCCCGCAGGAACAAGCAGUCGAGUGCGUUUGCGAGAAAGAUUUCUACCGCGCUGAGACGGACCCACGCUCCAUGGCCUGCACACGUCCUCCAUCUGCUCCAGAGAACACCAUAUCCACUGUGAACGAGACCUGCGUCACCUUAGAGUGGUCGCCCCCCAGGGACACAGGAGGCCGAGGGGACAUCACCUACAGCCUCCACUGCAGGAAGUGCUCCGGGGACGGCAGGAAGUGCACACCGUGUGGCAGCAGCGUCCAUUUUGUUCCCAGACAGUUUGGUCUCUCGUCAACCGCCGUACUGGUUACCGACCUGCAGCCGGACUCCAACUACAGCUUCACUGUCGAGAGCCAGAAUGGAGUGUCGGACUUAAGUCCCACGCCCAGAGGAACGGUAGUCAUCAAUGUCACUACAUCCCAGACAGUGAGCGUCGUGCUGAAGGAGAGGCGGAGCAAGGACAGUGUGACGUUGGCCUGGCAGGGUCCGGUGAGACCCAACGGAGCCAUCGUGGAGUAUGAGGUCAUCUACUAUGAGAAGAACCAGCGGGAGCAGAACUACACAGUCUUGAAGACUCGCUCCAACAUGAUGACUGUGGACGGGCUGAAGCCAGGGACCACCUAUGUGUUUAGGGUUAGGGCUCGAACCGAUGGGGGCUACGGGAGCUACGGGGGAGAGAUCGAAUUGGAAACCAGCCACGAAGAUGUCUUUGCUAUCGGGGACCCUAACCAGUCCACCAUUCUGGCUGUGUCCAUCGCCGGGGGAAUCGUCCUCCUCAUCUUCCUGGUGACUUGCUUUGUGGUCAGCGGAAGGCACUGUGGAUAUAUCAAAGCCAAGCAGGACCCUGAUGAAGAGAAGAUGCAGUUCCAACACGGCCGAGUCAAGCUGCCAGGCAGCAGGACCUACAUCCAUCCUCACACUUACGAAGACCCCAACCAGGCUGUCAGGGACUUUGCCAAAGAGAUCGAUGCUUCCAAUAUUCGCAUAGAGAGAGUCAUUGGAGCUGGAGAGUUUGGGGAGGUGUGCAGUGGUCGGCUGCGUGUUCAGGGAAAGAGGGAGAUCUACGUGGCCAUCAAGAGUCUGAAGGCGGGAUACUCUGACAAACAGAGGAGGGACUUCCUGUCUGAGGCCUCCAUCAUGGGACAGUUUGACCAUCCGAACAUCAUCCGGCUGGAGGGGGUCGUCACAAGAUGUAAACCAGUGAUGAUCAUAACGGAGUUCAUGGAAAACGGAUCCCUGGACACUUUCCUCAAGAAACACGACGGCCAGUUCACGGUGAUCCAGCUGGUGGGCAUGCUGCGCGGCAUCGCCUCAGGUAUGAAGUACCUGUCAGACAUGAGCUACGUCCACCGAGACCUGGCAGCUCGAAACAUCCUGGUCAACAGCAACCUGGUGUGUAAGGUGUCCGACUUUGGCCUGAGUCGAGUUCUGGAGGACGACCCGGAGGCGGCCUACACCACAAGGGGAGGAAAGAUCCCCAUCAGGUGGACGGCUCCAGAGGCCAUCGCUUACAGGAAGUUCACCUCAGCCAGCGAUGUGUGGAGUUACGGCAUCGUCAUGUGGGAGGUGAUUUCAUACGGAGAGAGACCCUACUGGGAGAUGUCCAACCAGGACGUGAUCAAAGCAAUAGAUGAGGGCUACCGUCUUCCCGCUCCUAUGGACUGUCCUGUGGUGUUGCACCAGCUCAUGUUGGACUGCUGGGAGAAGGGACGCAGUGACAGGCCAAAGUUUGGACAGAUUGUCACAAUCCUGGACAAGCUGAUCAGAAACCCAGCCAGCCUCAGAGAGCUCGCCAACAGCUCAGCAUGCAGGGAGGACCUGUCCACCCCAGAGCUCAGUGUGAGCACAGUGGAUGAGUGGUUGGAGGCCAUCAAGAUGGGCCAGUAUAAGGAGAACUUUUCCAGUGCUGGAUAUGUCAGCUUGGACUCAAUCCUCUACAUCAGUGUCAGUGAAUUGUCCAAGAUGGGUGUGAGUCUUGCCGGCCACCAGAAGAAGAUUUUGUCCAGUGUGCAGAACCUGCAGACCCAGGGGACGCACGUCCAAGUAUAACAGUUUUCACAUAAACACACAGUGAGACAGAGCCAAAAUGGAUGCUCCUGUGAAGAGUUUCCCCAGCGAAAUGGAAGUUGUAAUGGAAACUCUGUGCUCGGGCCUCCAUUGAUCUUAAGACACGCUGAGAUGGAGACAACAUGGACGCUUGACUCCUUCACCUUCUCGCAGUUUCACCCUUCUUCCCAUCCCCGAUGGGCACUACCGGCUUUAGCACUCAGAGUCCCGGCGCCACCGCCACCGCUGUGGAGCGACAGAGAGACGCACGACCAACAACAAGGCCACAUCUACAGCAUCCCGGACCAUUUCACACCAUAUCAGCUCAGCAAAAGAAGAAAAGCAUAUUAACAAAACAAAAAAGACAAAAAAACAAAACAAAUUAGAAUAUAAUUAUCAUCACUGUCUGUGAGGUGUAGAGUUGUUGUUUUUUUUCCGUCAUUCUGUUUCCGUUUUGCGUUUUCACCUCGAAGAGUUUAAAAAGGAUCAGAAGAUAUGUAUAUGUGUAGAUAUAUGUUUAUAUGGGCUACGUGUCCCGCAACCGUAGAGAUGGACCUAACGUUUGUAAUGGUGGUGAGGUUUGUAUCGCUCAAACUUAAUGGGAGUUAUUACCUAGUACACGUAUGGCCCUUUCCAGUGCUCUCUGUGUACAGAGAGCCAGUGAGUGAGCCCAGAUUCUGAAUGACAUGAAUGUGUGGGGGGGGACAAGGGGAACAGAAAACCGGACCUUUAGAGCUAGAGAGGGAUAAAGACUUUGCUACCCUCGUGUAGAAUGGACAAGAGAUUCGUUUAAAUAGUGUAUUGACCAGGACAAGGGCUUCCCUAGAGACGGCUCUCAGACCCACUUCCAUAGCAACUAGACCCAGUGCACCUUCGCUAGUCCGCUUGCACUUGUGAUGUAACCGAGUGCAAAGAAACCGCAAAAAACUGCUUACGCUGCAGUUAGCACAGAUACAUUUUUUUACUCUUCCAUAACUGACUGUCUAUUCCCAACAACAUUGUCUAUCCAGCUGUUACAGUAUGAUGUUGUUGGGAAUAUUUCAGCCCAGAACGUUUGCCUUCCCAUGUUUCAGGUGUGUUAUAGUGUUUAAUGUGUUGGGCGAAGGGGACGCCAAGGUCUUCAUUGAGUUGCCACUGUUAAGAACGCGUUCCUUGUUUUUCCAGUGUUGGGCCAUGUACAGUAACCUUGAAAUGUUCAUCUGGGCAACAUACCACCGAUCCUACUAUACUCUGUCCUGUCAUCAGUUCGUAUGGCUGGAUGAUAACACAAGGGCAGUCCCGGUUAUGAGAGUUCUUUGUUCAAAUAGUCUGCUUGAUGAUAGGGAGCAUUGGAAAGAACCCUUUUUUCAUCAAGAUGAAAUAUUAGCAGUGUGCCGCCACCAAGCGAGAGUAGAGCUGGGGAAUAUAGAAAAUAGCAAAUCUAAUAUUUUUGACCAAAUACACCAAUGCCGAUAUUGCGACGAUAUUGUAGGCUUGCUAAUUGGUGCUUUCACAAAAUAUUUAGACAAUGAAGGUUUUGAUAAAUAGUCUUCCGUAACGUGGAUACAAUGACUAAGUAGGUAAAGGCAAAUAAUAGAACAGCUGGAACAGACUGGUACGUUCAGAAAAUGACAUCACUUUACUGUAAUGCAGCCUUUAAAACCAGGAAAAGACAACACUUUUCUUAUAUUACGAUAUCCAAAAUGUAAGACGAUAUCUAGUCUCAGUAAUAUUGAUAUAUUACCCAGCCCUACAAGUUGUGUGUCUUGAAUUGUCUCACUAACUUGUUAUCAGUCAUGCCAAUCUAUUUCAAGCAUCCCGAGUUUCAAACCAAUACUGAUGAGGUACAUUUACAAAACAAUGUUUACAGCAAAAAGCAAAUGAAUUGGUUUGUUGUUUUUUUCUCUAUCAGAGGGAAAUUGCUGCUUAUCACAUUAAAUGCAAGCUUAGAUAUGAUGGGACCCUCUUUGCGUGCACUGCAUUAAUGGCACUAAACCUGCUUUAGUGUCUUCCCAGACUUGGUUUUAAUAUAUGUGGUACUCUACAGGACCAACAGUGGCAUAAAGUACAGUAUAUAUGACUGUAUCAUAGUGUAAAAAUUGUACAGUGUUGAUUUCCAAUGUUAGAAUGUUUGUAAUGAUAAUGAUGAUGAUGAUGACUAUGAUGUACUUUUAUUGUGAAAAAGAGAUUUCUGAAGUACUCGUUCAGGGGCGGGUCACGCAGGAGGAAAGGGAAGGGAGGUGAUUUGUUGGUCUGAACAAAGGAAUGUAGCAUGGUGCGAAGCUCCAGCUUUGAUUGACAGGUGACAGUGACUGCAGUUUCUACCAUAGUGUUAGAAUGAGUAGAAUGGACUUUCCCUAUUGACACACUGGCUUUAUUUGCAUAACUCUCUUAAACAGUAAUUACAUGCACUUUUUAAGCGUGUGUCCGCCUACAUAACAGCUUGUAAAAUGCUUGUUUGGGUGAGGUAGGGAUGGAAGUAGGGAGGUUGAGAUAUGAGACGUCCUCAGAUCAAAUUUCUAUCCACAGACAUAACAAACUGAACAUUCGCUAAACCCCUCCACCCUUGCACAAAUUGUCCAGUCAUAGCUUAGCAACGGUAACUAGGCACGGCAGACCUGUCAAUCUUUGCAUUUCUCUGCGCGCUUAGGCAAUUUGCACGACGUAAGAGUGUUCCUCAGCAUUUAAAGAGUUUGGAGGGUGGGGGGAUCUUUUUCAGCCUUUCUGAAACCCAAAAUAUAAAUGCAAAAGUGGAAGGAAGGGAUUACACAUGGUGUUUGCGUCCGUGUGUUAGAUUCUUUGGUGGAUUUGGGGAAGUUUACACCCGAGCAACACCUGCCAAAUUACCCAAAGUACCGUUUCUUUUGCGCUAACACACUGUUUAGUCCUCAUACUAAAAGCCUUUUCUUUUGUAAUAUUGAAAGUGAGCCAUGUUGUUUGAAAAUCCAAGAAUGGGCCCUUUUAAACCCUUUUACAGGCUUCUAGUUUUAAAACAAGGGAGCUGGAAACAUUAAAACGUCAGCCCGGGUCAGUGUUUUCAACCAACUCAUGGAGUCAGCUCCUAAAAUAGGCCAGUGACAGCUGUCCGUUUAGCCAGAAAAAAAGAUGUUUGGUUGAAAUGAGAAGUCUACCUCUGUCUGAAAUCAAGGACCCGGUGUUUUAAAGAUGACUACACAAUUUGAUGGUAAAUCCGAAAAUGCCACUCUAACUGUAAAGUAUAUUAUGUGCCAUUCUAGGACAGAAAGCUUGACGUAAAGCUAGGCGUAGCAACAGUACCACAUGAUCAGAGGUCAAAUUGCGAGGCAGGGUGCAGAGCUUACUGCAGGCAGAGAGGCACAGCACAGCGCAGGCAUACGUCGCCAUUGAAAGGUCAGCAGCAACGGGGUCAAAGUUGAAAUAAUUUGAACUUUUAGCGCAGCGGCAAAUUUGAGCACCACGCCAAGGGUGGCGCUUCCUCCGAGUUAUCUUCUCUCCCCGUAGG